CAGGCGAUCUUGGCAUAUUUAGUACAUUUUCGCAUUGUACAUGUGCCCUCAAUAUUUUGAUUUCAUUUUAUUUACAUUUGUUUUGCUGAACUUUGGCAACAACUGAUCGGAAAAUGAACGUAAGCGAGGAUUUUAAGCCGGUGCCCACGCGAGCGGCCCUGGCGCUACAGAAGAAGCAGGAAAACAGCGAUUUCCAGGCACUCGUCUUCCACGAACCGCGGGCUCCUGUGAAAAAUGCAGCCAAAAAGCAGGACGAAGGAUCAUCCGAGAAGAAGCCGCACAAAAUCAAGGAAGCUGGAAACGAACUGAAUCCCGAGUUCGACAUCAAAAGAGCCCGCCACGAGGUGCUCAACUUCGCCAUGAAAAACCAGCGGGUGAUCAAAAACAAGAGCAAAAUGGAAAUGUUCCAGCUCGUGAAGCUGGGCGCCAAGCCUCUGAAGAAACCGGCCAAAAACUACAAGGUUCUGAAGAACGAACGCCAGCAGCUGAAGAACAUUCGCGAGGAGCGCAAGAAGUUCCAUCAGUUGGGCAAAAAUCAAGCGGGCGCCGCCAGCGUCAAGUGUCGCAGUAAAUCGCAAAAGGACCGCAAUGACAAGAAGCGGGCGCCCGUUUCCCACAUCGAUCAGCAUUAUGGAAAGGCGCAGCCCAAGUUCAAGACGAGAAAAUAGUUUUAGAACUUAUAAUAAACAUAUUUUAGUUAAA